AUGCAACGUCCGAACGACCCUUUAGCUCAGCGGGCUUUAUUAAAUUUCAAUAUAACAGGCCCUGAUCUGUAUGAUUUAUUUGGGAAAUAUGGACCUAUAAGACAAAUCAGAUUGGGUACAGACCAAAAUCUGAAAACAAAAGGAACGGCUUAUGUGGUAUACGAAUCUCCCGACGAUGCGAAAGAAGCCAUAACCCAUUUAAAUGGAUUUCACUUGAUGGAGAGAUAUAUCGUCGUACUCUAUCAUCAUCCAUCGAAACAACAAGCGUCAGCAUUGGCUAAAGCAGAGUUGCGAGCUAGGGAAACAGCCUUGGCAGAGGAGAAGAAAAGGCUGGGAUUGAAAGAUGAUCAAUAA